AUGGAUCACUUCCGUGUAAAAAAAACUAGUUUCUUCUUUUCUACAAGCUCUAGCGAGCUUGUUGAAAGAACUGCCUUGUUUUACAAGUGUACGUUACCAGGUGAAUCACAAAAUGGAACAUAUAGCCUAAAUGAAACAACGUUAGCUGAUAAUUAUCCAUGGGAUAGUUUACGAAACAGAUAUUCUACGUGUGAAAUAUUGGUAAACAAUAAAUCUGAAAAAUGUGAGAGUCAUAUAUUUGAUCAUGCUCUCUAUGGAUACACCGCGGUUAUAGAAUUUGGAUUAACGUGCACCAAAGCCUAUUUGAUAGCGACGUCAAAUUCUCUCUUCAUGGUCGGCGUUAUGCUUGGUUCAAUCGUCUUUGGAGAUAUGUCCGACAGGUUUGGAAGGAAAAUCAUCUUUUUCAUAUCUUUGGUUAUGGAAGUAGUUUUUGGAAUACUCGCCGCUAUAGCACCAGAAUUCUGGACUUUCACUUUCGCUAGGCUCAUCGUAGGAGCCACGACGUCAGGAGUGUUCCUGGUCGCAUAUGUUAUAGGUUUGGAAAUGGUAGGUCCAUCGAAAAGACCUCUAGCAGGGACGAUUUGUCACAUGUUUUUCUCAAUAGGAUAUAUGUUAACCGCUCUUUUCGCACUAUACAUACCCCAUUGGCGGUACUUGCAAUUUGCUCUGACAAUCCCUGGAGUUAUCUUCUUGAGCUACUGGUGGUUUAUACCAGAGUCAGCCAGGUGGCUCCUAUCCAAAAACAAAACGACGGAAGCCAAAAAACUCAUACAGAUCGCUGCUAAAAGUAAUAAAGUCACAAUUUCAGAUGACACACUCGAUAUGUUGUUAGUUUCGGUCGAAGAAGAGCUGGGAAUCAACACGAAGAAAUCCGAGAAUACAGGCACAGUUCUCGAUCUGUUCAGAUAUCCCAAUUUGAGGAAAAAGUCGCUCAUCAUAUUCUUCGACUGGUUCGCGAAUAACAUAACCUACUACGGUCUGUCGUGGAACACUAAUAAUUUGGGCGGGAAUCCCUAUUUGAAUUUCGUGAUAUCCGGAGCUGUUGAAAUUCCAGCUUACGCUUUUUUGCUACUGACUCUCAACAGGUGGGGCAGAAGAAACGUCAUGUGCGGAUGUAUGAGCGUAGCUGGAACGGCCUUACUAUUGACAAUGGCUGUGCCAAAAGAUCAACAAUGGCUCAUCGUCACUUUGGCUAUGAUCGGAAAACUGGCGAUUACAGCUAGUUACGCAGCAGUUUAUAUUUUUUCCAGCGAACAGUUUCCGACAGUUAUAAGAAAUGCUGGAAUCGGAGCCGGAUCUACUUGCGCUCGCGUGGGAUCUAUCAUUGCUCCAUACAUGAACAUUCUGACACAUGUGUGGCAACCUCUGCCUCUUCUAAUAUACGGUAGUCUGGCAUUGAUGGGGGGCAUCUUGUCAUUGGUUUUACCAGAGACUCUAAAUAAAAAGUUACCAGAGACGAUAGAAGAAGGAGAAGCAUUCGGAAAGAAAUCCAAGAUCGUGUCGACGGGAAACGGCAAUGCGUUAAACGCUAUUUCUGGUGUCACUACAAACGGUUCAGCUAAUGAAUCAGGCACAACGUGCGAAGAAAAAUUACUUCAUAAUGGCGCGACAACCUAGUUAAUAACAUAAAAAAAUAACCUCAAAUUUUUCGUUUACCACAAUUCCACUUUGAAAACAGUCGACAUUUUCAAGUAUAUUUUUAUUACUUGCUCAAUUCGAUAUGUUUGAGACCAAAACUUGCAUGAGAAGCCAGUUUAAUUUCAUUUUGUGUAAUGAUAACCUUUCAGCCAAAGUCAUGUGAUAACUUUUUGAAUACAAAAGGAUAUUUUUUUUAUAAAUGCAUUACAAAAUAUUAUUUAAGUGAUACUUCUUGGAUUUGGGGAAGUAAAUUAGAUAAUUUUGAUAA